CAGUGGUCCAUUCGAAGUCCAACCACGUCACGUCACUGACUGACCUUUCCUCACACAAGUCAGGUCUCAUAAAAUUACGUACGUAUUUAGAUUUUUCUAAUUCUUCUUGGAGUCAGCGGGAGGGGUGAUAAUUGGGAAUAAAAGACAAGGCCCCCAUUGAUUCAGUACCUCCUGGACGCCGCGGGUGAGGAGUGGUGGUGGUACUUGAAUCAGUGACUCAGAGAACGCAGUGAUCGCAUUUAUUGAUUGAUUUAUUCCCAGUAUUGACGUCGUUAAAAUUAGAAGCGGAGAAACAUCCGGAUUUUUUUCCUACUGGACAUACAUAAAUAAAAACAUUGUUACUUUGUUGCGUCACGCUGGCUGACACAAAGCGUCAUGAAUUUUGGGAGACGACAACGUGAGACUACUCGUGUCUUCUUCUUCAGGAUGUGCAGUACUGCUCAAGCGUGGCAUACGUGGAUUUAGAUCAGUAACUUACAUAGCCGUGAAAAUCUCUGAAUUUGGGUGGAAAACUUUUAGCCAACAUUUUUAUCGAUAUUUGCACACCCCCACCAAAAAUGGACACGAAAAAGAAGCGAUUCCACACCCCAAAUCGUCUCAAUUUGACUGGAAAAUUCCUGCUCCUCAUUUUGGUGACGACCUUGGCCGGCCCACACGGCGUAGUCGACGGGCGACCCACGAAAUCCGAGGAUGGCGAUAUCGUGGAGGCAGGAUUUUUCGAUUCUCAACGACACCAGCCACGCGAUGAGGACACUCCGAGAACAAUGAUUGUCCGUGUCAUCGUGACGAGCAGUAGCAGCAGCAGUAGCAGCUCGUCACAAGAAAAUAAUAGCCCAGAUUAUGCAGAUGCUACUUUUACGGAUUAUGAGUUUCCAGUACCACAACCAGUAUCGACCAAACGACCAACUACGACCACGACGACGACGGAAGCCAGCACCACGACGCCAAAGUUGUCUUCGCCUCCUUCUCCCGAAGUGAAGAAGGACGUUGAAGAUAUUUUUUCGGCUUUUUAUAAAGCUUUCUCCCAAAGUCCUGCUGGUGGUCACGGCGGCCCCGUCAGCGAUGCGUCCCAUAAUGUCGAGCGAUUCCAGUUUUUCUACCCCAACGGAGAAGCCAACACGGCGUCGCCAUCCCCAUUUCAAACCACCACCUUUGGAAAAGGGCAGACCAGUGGAGGAAUUGCGCAUUUUGGAGGGAACCACCCUGCCCCCAAGGAGGAGGAUGACGACUCGCUUAGUUCGGUCGUGUCCACGUCGUCGUCAACGUCAUCAUCGUCAUCAUUAGGAGUGAGGGACAGAAUUAAAUGGACUCCAUCACCACGACCACUACCCCAGCAGCGGCAAGAAGACGAUGGCAGAAUAGCGGAAAAAGUCGUGGCCGUAUCGACGUCUACGUCUUCCCGACAAUAUCCAAUUUCGUCGAGCCCCAAGUUUCAAAAUUCGCCAUCAUCGUCGUCGUCAAAUUUCCGAGGCAAUUUCUUCACCACCACGUCAACCUCCACCAGUACCACCACGACCGAGCCCGGUGUCAGUUUUCGUACCACACGGCGACGACAGCGACAACGUCAACGCUUCAGAAAUCCCAAACCGGAACAAGUCCUCGUGUCCGUCUCCUCGUCCACUUCCACCACGGAUGACGAUUCCCAUGAUCAAGAUGAUCCUCGUGCCUUACCGUUGAUCCAGUACCCCCAAGAACCCAGCACUACGACCACAACCACAACCACCACGACGACCACUACCACCCCCAAACCUUGGCAACCACAAAUAUGGGGCGAGCCUGAGAAAGUAUGGGGCCAGCCGGCCCAAGUUUGGGGAGAACCAGCCAAAGUAUGGGGUGAACCUGCCAAAGUGUGGGGACUUCCCGAACAGAACUGGGGUCAUCCUCCUCCUCCUCCACGUCCACCAACCACGACGACCUCCCGAACCACGCGAAGUUUCACCUCCUCCUCAAAAUACUCACCGAAACGUCGCCGAAUUCCGAUUCCUCCUCCUCCACGCGACGAGGAUUAUCCGCGCGAUGCGGAAGCAGCCGACGCCGAAGAAGAACAACCAUCCGGCGGGAGUUUCGUCAUUCUUGGGGAAGAAGAUCCCGAUCAGGAUUCGAUCGAUGGCUCGUUCGACCACCACCUCGGGCUGCCUCCCGUCUCCCCCCGUCCCAUUAGUCUCGACCAGUUUAAAACCUUCAACUUUAGCUACCACCACACCUUUAAAAAUCUAAACUUGACCAGUUUAAGGGACCCGAGUGACUCUAGUGUUAGUCGUAGCAGUAGCCAUAAUAACACCCCAACCCCAACCACUAGUUUUUCCAAUUCUUCUACUUCUUCCUCCUCCUCUUCUAGUACUAGUUUACCCGGUGAUAGUGAUUCUCCUUCCGGUGAAAGUGAGCACAAGGGGGCAAAGUUUGGGUAUGUCUUGGAGGGCAGCAAUGUUCGCCGGUACCGCGUCGAGGAGCGGACCCCGGACGGCUUUGUGGUCGGAGAGUAUGGCGUGCUCAACAAUCAGAACGCCUUCCUGCGUGGUGUUAGAUACACGGCCGAUGGCACAAUCAGUCCGAGACUUGUGCAUGAAGCGCUUAUGAAAUUUUUGGCUUUGAGGAGACGAAGAUGAACUAAUAAUUAAAAUUCGGAGAGUAUUUUCUUGAUGUAUGUAAAUUCUGUAAAUAAGUUUGUGUAAUAUUUUCGUGUAUAUUUUCUGAACCCAUUUUCUGCAAAGUAGUGUGUAACAUAUACGGCAUGUCAAUUGAUUGAUCAUCUCAUGUACAUGUACAGAACUGAGUAGUAGGAGUAGUUAGGUAAUUAAUUAAUUAUAGUUAGUUAAUUAAUGAUACGAUUAAAUAUGCAUGUGUGUAAAAUAGUCCGACUGUACGUACCUAUAUUCAAUUGUUAGUUAGUUAAUUAAUAGUAUUAAAAUGCCUGCAAUUAUUUUGAAAAGUUGUCCAUUUUUGAAAUGCAGAUUGACUGAAUAAACCAAAAUAUAUACAUAGAAA